AUUUUGUAAGGGCUUCAAACGAUGGAGUUCGAAUUCCAAAAAACACAGGAAAUGUGGCGUGCGCAAGCAACCGUCGAUGCUCAGAAAAAUUGUGAGUCACGAUAUCAGCAAGGUAGAGGACCAUGUAAUAUCUUCAUCCUGGAUACAUCUUCUAGCAUUGGAGAGGAAGGAUUCAGACAAAUGAAGAGCACAUUUAGUUUAAUCCUUGAUGAAUAUGCAAACUACCCUGAUAUUGACGAGAAUGUUACUGUCAUUGUUUGUGGGAGAAUUACGAGAUACCAUUAUCAUUAUUCUAAUAAUUACUUGGACAUCAAACGCUCCCUAGAUAGCAUAGAAUAUGGAGGGUUAUCUCCUCUUGCUGGUGCAUUUUUCUUGUCGUUUGGAGCUAUGAGAAACGGUGCAGGUCAUACUGCAAGAAUUGGUGAUUUACAUAUACGCCCACGAGUAAUUCUUUUCUCGGACGGAAAGCCCACGGAUUUUACACUCACGAGUGAUGCAGAUGAUUCCCCUUUCCACGAAAGAGAUAAGGAAAAGCAUUUCUUGCUCCAGAUGGCCAAAGACAUUGGUAAAACCCAUCCAAUCUUUUGCAUACCAAUUGGAAAUAACCCAGAUUUGAAAUCAUAUCAAGCAAAGUGUAGGAAGGCCUUCAGUUCCUACGAUGAGAACAUAGUAAGUGAUAAUAAGAGCAUCAAAAAGCUGUUCACCUUGCAAGUUGUUAAGGACCGAAAAUGUGACAGCGGUGGUAUCUCACCACUCACGAAGGAUAGAAUUCAUAGAUCUGACCCAAAGGAGAAGGCGGAAAUACUGAACGACCAGUAUCUUCUGUUUUCACGAAAGAAGGCGGUUCCAAGCAACAUCAAUAAGUUGGAGAGUGUACAGCGCAGGAUAUGUGCUGGCCGACUACUAGAUUACCAACAGUUUCAAACCUAUCAUUCAGCAGCUGGGAAGGGAAUUACUACAACAAAGCAGACAAGCAGGAAAAGCAGUGUUGAUUCCUUUUUAGAGGUCUUCUCUGCGUUUUCGAGUGGAGGAAAAGUAGUCUAUCCUCACGAGGCAAGACAACUUGGAAAAUACACCAAAAACAUGAGAGCUGUGGCAUUGAUAUCUAUGAAGAAUGGAGAUUUUGACAAAGAAACAGUGGUCACUCUUUUGGCUUCAGCAUCAUCUGACAUCUUCACUGAAAAAGACAAGGACGAUAUAUUUGAUAUUUGCACAAAAAGAUCCGCGUAUGUCUCAUUAGAGGAGAUAAAUGAGGAAGAUGAUGAUGAUGAAAAUGAAAAGGAUUAUUAUCAUGAGAGAAAUCCUCUUCUACCUUGUCUUGGCACAAGAGUUAAAAGGGGACCAGAUUGGCACUGGGGGAACCAGGAUAGUCAAGGUCCCGGCACUGUUAUCGGACAUUUAAAGGAUGGACGAUUAAUUAUUGAAUGGGACACUGGUGUAAAAAACUAUUAUCAUUAUGAUAUUCAUAUGAGUAUGUAUGAAGUUUCUGUGUGCUCUGAACCAAGGAUUCUCGAUACUGAAAUUAUUGCACCUGGCUGUUUAGUCACUAGAGGUCCUGACUGGGAAUGGGGAGAUCAAGAUGGUGGAGAGGGAAGUAUUGGCUCUGUUUACAGAGUCCGAAAAAAUGGAAGGGUUCAUGUGCGAUGGUCAAACGGCGAAAAAGGAGAUUACAGAUAUGGUCAAUAUGGAAAAUUUGAUAUUUUUCUGUGUGACCCUUUUUCAUCGGAUGAAAUUCAAAUCCAUGAAAAUCAAAUGAGAACCACUGUUUUAGAUAAUCAGCCAGAUAUAACUACUCCCGAAAAAGAUUCACUUAAAAUUGAGAAGAAACGUGCUACACCAACCUUCGAAAACACUUCCACAUCCUCGUUUCAUUUAAAGACUAUCAAAGGAAAAUAUUUUAAGAAUGACAGGGUAACUGAUUCCCUGUCAGACUUGGAGGUUGACGGAUUAAAUGAGACUGCUUUACCAACUGACCAGUGGAUGUGGAGAGAUUCCAGCGGAGAAUGGAUUCCGUAUUCAAGGAAAAUAAAUAAAAGAAUUAAUGAAUGUUUUAAAAGACAGUCAAAGUCCACUGUAAUCGUUUCCCUAUAUGGAACUGAUUACAGGGUUGUCAUGGCCAAGAGAAUUCAAAUCAACCUUGAGAGUAGAGAAACAACAGAUAUUAAAUUAAUAAAGAAUGAAUAAUCAAUAAACUUUCAAAUGUUUGUUUUUGCUCUUUGAUUUCUUAUAAAAAAAAUCUUCUUAAAGUAUUAUAAU